AAAAAGAAUGACGAUAGUUAUACGAUAUUCUUCAUCAGUUUACGACAUCAGCAUCUAUCAUCUUAUAUGGUACUCCACCAUGGUUGCUACAUCUUAGCAAUUACAACGCCUAACAGAUCAAAUUUUAUUUUUAUAUUCUUUGGACGUUUCUUUUCUACAAAAUGCCUACUAGACAAGAUGUUAUAAACUUUGCUGCUGGACCAGCAGGUAUGGCUACGGAUGUCGUGGAAGAAUAUGCCAAGGAUUUUGUAAACUUUCAAAACCUUGGCAUGGGUGUAGGAGAAAUAUCCCAUCGUAGUAAGGAAGGAACUGGUAUCGUGAAUCGUACUGAACAAACUCUUCGUAAAAUGUAUGGACUUCCUGAUAACUUCCGUAUUCUUUUUAUGCAAGGAGGUGGUACUGAACAGUUUGCUGCCGUCCUGUAUAAUGUAUAUGCGCAUCAUGCACUUUACAACCCCAAUGCCAAGGAAUUGGUAGCCAACUAUAUCGUUACCGGUUCAUGGAGCAAAAAAGCAUUGAACGAAGCACAGCGUCUUGGAUUUCGUUGUCAUGUGGCAUGCGACACGAGAGAUUUGACUGGAAAGUAUGGUUGUUUGCCUAAAGAAUCUGAUCUCAAUUAUACUCCCGCUGGUCAAACCUCUUUGGUUUACUGGUGUGAUAAUGAGACCAUCCACGGUGUAGAAUUUAAUGAGCCUCCUCCAAACAUCCCCAAAGGCGCUAUUCGUGUUUGUGAUGCUUCUUCGAACUUUAUUUCUCGUAGAAUUGACUUUUCCAAGCAUGAUAUCAUUUUCGCAGGUGCUCAAAAGAACGCAGGCCCUGCCGGUAUCACGAUGGUCUUUGUCAGGGACUUCAUUUUGGAACGUGCUUUGGUUCCAGAUCUUCACAAGCUCGGUAUCCCUGUUUCUACUACUAUGGGUGACUACAAACUUAUGGCCGAUAGCAACAGUCUUUACAACACUCUACCGAUCCCUACUCUUCACGCUAUUAACUUGGGGCUUCAAUAUAUGGAAAAAAAGGGAGGAUUACCAUUCUUGGAGCAGUGUUCUUCGAAGAAAUCUCAUAUGGUUUACACCGUGUUAGACAAGUACCCUAUCUAUGAAAACUUCGUUGAUUCUUCCGCUCGAAGUCGUAUGAACGUUACGUUCAGAAUCAUAAAUCAAGAUCUCGAAAAUGAGUUCCUCGUAGGAGCUGAGAAACUUCAUAUGAUGCAAUUGAAAGGCCAUCGUAGUAUUGGCGGUAUUCGUGUUUCUUUGUAUAAUGCUAUUACCGUCGAACAAACUGAACGUUUAGUCCAAUACCUUGAAAAAUUCGGUGCUGAGCAUUCCACAUAAAUUUCCAAUUAUUGAAAUGGUUUUUCGAGUGUUCACUGUCAUACGUUAAUCGUCAAUAGCUAUGACAAUUAAUUAAAGAAAAGCUUUAUAUCAUUUAUCUCAUUGUGUAGGAUUCUCCCAAUUCAAGUUAUAAGUAGAAAGAAAGAGUUCCAUAUGUUAAAGUGACAAAUUCGGUAGAAAUAUAAAUUGCUUGAGCAAUUGAAACAUAAUUGGACUUAGAAC